AACGGCAAGAGGGGCGUCUCUAUUCUCGCCCGCGCUUUUGUCAAAGAUUCCUCUUGAAACGUGUGCUGCUGCAACCUGCACAUCUCUGUCUCUGUGGCCCUGACAUUCUCGCAAGAUUAGCUCGUGCGAUAAGACACAUACCUGAUGCACUACCGAGUCACCUUCUUCGACAGUCCGAGCAAAACUUUUCAAGUCAAUUUUGGAUCUUUUUGCGAUCUGAGUUUCCCGAAAUCAGUACCAACCUGGCUUGCAGCUUGAGGACCCACCUUCAUCUAAAUCGUGCAACUUUCAACAUCCUUUGAUCUCGAAGUGCUGCGAUAAGUCUACUGACAUCGUUCCACCAAAAGAAUGGUACAAUAAUAAGCUCGUUACGUGUUGCAUUCUUGCAUCUCUUUUGUAUUAAAGUGUCUUAUUCUAUGACUGUAUUCGAAAGGUUUCUCUCUCUCUCUCUCAGUUGCAUAAUAUAACAUAAGAGACCCCGCAAGAAUCUCUACUAGAGUGGUCUCAAGUUAUGGAAAUCCAUGAACAGCAAAACCUGAAAGCAAGAAAAGGGAGACCACAAUCACAACAACACUCACCAACGUCCGCUACUAUAUUGUCAUCAUCUUCGUCGCCUUCCUCACCAUCAUCUUCUCCUGAGUUCUCCUUUGCAAUCUCUCUAAGCCCUUCCUCGACCAGAGUCCCCCGUGGAGCCUCAGUGGCAGUCGACUUAUCACCGGCAGAUGACAUUUUCUUCCAUGGCCACUUGCUUCCUCUUCAUCUCCUCUCUCCACUUACCUCGCCGCCGCGUCCCGCAAGCCCUUUCAACCAUUUGGUUUACCCUGUCGGGGAAUCGGAUGAUCGGAGCACCAUCGGAGGCAGUAAUACUUCCAGCGGCAGCGAGAGCACGGUCAUCAGCGGAGAGAAAACUCAGUGGACCAAGAUUAAAGGCGUGAUGCAGAGGAGGAAGAAAUUCUUGUCCUUCUUUUCAUUCGUAUCGUUGAGGUCGGCAAAAGGACAUAAAUCUGGAGAAGAUAGAGAUAGCAAGGAGAAGAGAAAGAGAUGGUUAAAGCUUGAUCAUCUCAGAAAGGCCUUGAAGAGGGAAUCCAGAAUGACCGAUUCGCUUUUGCUGGGAGAGAGCAAAGAAGAUAUUGGGUUCGAUCCGGAGCCUGACACGUUUUCAGGGAGUUCAAGCUUUACGAAUAUGCAAGCGAGUUUCUCUGUCCCGGGAUCGAUGAUGGCAUCCCCAGAAAAUUAUGGUCUUCGCCUUGUUGCGAAGACGGAAACUGAUCGUAGCACCAUGGAAGAGUUGCAGGCGGCGAUUCAAGCGGCAAUUGCUCAUUGCAAAAGCUCCAUGGCCCUGGAAGAAAAGCACAAUACCUGAUAUUGUGCUUGGACAUGUCAAAAAUCGCUGUGUCGAGCUCAACUAAGUUCACCUCCUCUCGUUCUUGGUAGAAGGAGGCCAUACAUGUGUAAAUUCGGAGAUUCGCUAAGGGAGUACUUCCCCCUCGUGUUCUAGUCUUAAGCAGGUCAUGUCUAUAUUUGUGCUACUUGAUUUGAAAAGUUAGGGCAGCAUAUUAGAUUGGCUAACGCGUCGGCGUUCCAAAGUGGAUUCCUAAGUUGCACUAGUUUUAAUCCAUUUCCAUACGAUGUAAAUCAAGCAAGUUUGAGAUUCAAGAUCGUUGUUGGGAGUUUGGUUA